CGCAAGUUCUGCAAUCACUUUGGCUAAGCGCUCAAUGUUCUGGCAAAGGUUGCUCGCGAACUCCUAAACACAUUCUCACCAUCUCUUUCUACAACCAUGUCGUUCUCUGCGUCGAGUCUAGAGCCUCGCAUUAGAGCUAUUUUAACAUCUCCUGGAAUUGACCUUACUACAAUUAGUGCAAAACGUGUCAGAAAGCGCCUUAUUGAUGAAGAUUCCUCGUUAACAGCUGACCUCGUACGAGACAACAAGGCGGCCAUUGACGCAAUUAUAUCGUCUGUAUAUGAAGAGGUGUCGCAGGCUGCCCAGGGAGAUGAAGAGGGGAAUGAGGCGGAUGUGGCAGCAAGUAAACGGAAACGCGAAGACGCUGAUGAAUUGGACGAGGAAGUGGCCAAGGCCCCGGCCGCAGCAAAAAAGGCCAAACGACCUAAGAAGAAAGCCGAGCUCACAGACGCAGAAAUCGCAAAGCAGCUUGAUCAGGAGCUCAACAGUCGUUCACGUACCUCAAGGGCCGGAACGUCGAAACCAAAGAAAGCUACUGCGAAACGCGCAAAGAAAGUCAAGAGUGCAGAGGCGGUAGAUUCUGACGGGAACGAGAUUGAGGGAGAGAAGAAGAAGAGGGGUGGAGGCUUGAACAAGGAAUAUGCUCUCAGUGAACCCUUGGCCUCCCUCUUGUCAGUGGACAAACUGUCUCGUCCACAGGUCGUGAAGCAGAUGUGGGUCUACAUCAAGGCACAUGAUCUCCAAAACCCAGAGGACAAGCGGGAGAUUCUGUGUGACGAACCUCUGAAGGGUAUCUUCCACGUCGACAAGAUGAGUAUGUUCAAGAUGAAUCAACUGCUCGGAGUACAUCUGUUGGAACCUGAACCCUAAUGAUCGUUUGUUUUUCUCGCUGUCUCGUGCCUGCCCGGAACCAGGAUCUCACUCUCAACUGACUUAGGGUCGCUUUAAGUUUUUAUUCUAUGCUCCUAGCAAUUCUUACACUAGCGGCUUUGUGCAUACAUUACACCAAAACUUAAGUUUUCUUCAGUGGUUUGUACAUGGGGGUCCACAGUCUAUUGUACCAUGUUCCAUCUUCACAGCGCUCUGUACUCUUCUGUACUGUAUACACAGGGAAUUGUCAUUUCAUUUGGGGUAUGAUGUCCGUCGAUCUUCGUUGUGGUAAGGGAGUCAGGAGAGUGUCUAGGAGAGCAUUGUAGUCGCAG